GUCGGCAUACAUCAGUGCUGGCGCUAAGCGAUCGUUUGCCAUUCUGCCUGCAGACAGUUUGCCGUGAGGAGUAAACUUAAUUGAAAUAAGCCUAUUUUAUGACUCUUCCCUAGCUUGUUGUGUGUGUUUACCCAAGCGCGUGUUUAUACAAACGACACUGUUUGCUUUCAAUAUUGUUGACGGCUUGGUAUAGUCUGCAGAUCAAGAGUGAAAUAAUUCGUACCAAUUGGGAAUAUAUAUCAGCGACUCAAAUUAUAAUCUCAACCCAAGGGACCACCGGAAUCCGCAGUGUGCACAAAGCCAGCGUCCAGCGAACUUCGAAGCGAAGAUCUCAAUCCAAUCAACGGAAAAUGGAAGUGCAACGCCGAAUACACGUGCGACCUCCAUUCUCGAACGAAUCGAUGGCGGGAUUCCCAUGUAACCGAAUGGCUCCGUACCCGAUCCACGGCAUCGGACUAUCGCACCAUCCUAGCUACGAUCUCAUGGGUCCUCUUGCGUCCAACUACGGCCAUCAUCCACCCAGAAAACAACGUCGUGAGAGAACUACGUUUACCAAAGCUCAACUGGAAAUUCUGGAAGCACUCUUCGCCAAAACUCGCUACCCAGAUAUAUUUAUGCGGGAAGACGUUGCGAUGAAAAUUAACCUGCCAGAAUCACGCGUUCAGGUUUGGUUCAAAAACCGACGCGCAAAAGUUAGACAGCAACAACAGAACAGCGAGGGAAAACCCAAGCCUAAAAAGAAACCACCUACUCCGAAGGAACCUCCGAAGAUCCCUGUUACCUCAGGCUACCCCCAAUAUCCCAGCUGUGCGGCAAACAUUUGGAACCCAGUUGGGGACCAGUCUGUCAUCCAACGACCUCCGCCCUACGCCACGCCUAUCCUCAACGGCUCUAUGCCAAUGGGAAGCUCGUCCUCUAUGCUAGUACCCGGACCCCCUCCCCCACCCCGAUACUGUACCUCCUCCCAAGAUUACUCGUACAUGCCGAUGAGCAUGCAUUUCAACCCCCCUAAUUCGACAUCAUCGUCCCAUCAAUUUGACUACCUAGAACAUGGCUUACCCGUUGGGCAACCCCUGCCAAUGGGUGGGGUCGGCAAUCCUGCACGUGUCUAACACAGUGUGAACACAUGUCAACCACAUGAGCGACUCCGCUGACCGCAUGGGAUCAAACAACAAUGGGGUACACGAGAAUUGGACAGGGGGAAGCGAUGGUCGGCUUAUGACAUCUCAAGUGAAGCGCGCCCUGUAACUUUGGAAAGGGAGCCAGAAGUAUUUAUAUUACAGGGUGAGGCCAUCGACAUGUAUAUCGUGGAUACUUAUCAGCUAGUUUAUUUAUGAACGAAUUCUUGCAUUCCACGAGUAAUUGAGAAAUAUUUGAACCGAAUGCAGGCUUGCGACAUGAAUUAUGACUUAUUGAAAUUGUUAAUAGUUUGAAAUUGUACAAAGUUAAAUUUAGCGCCUAUGUAGAACAUUGUAAAUUAGAUGUCUUACCAUUUGUCCAUUCGGGUGUCUAGUUCCAACCACCCCCCCCCCCCACCACCUCUUUCCAUAGUUUUCGUUUGGCAAUAUCAACGCCAAGAUGCUAAGACAAAGUGGUGUCAAGCUUGAAAAAACGGCUGCGAAUUCAAAGAACGUAGUCGGAAAACAAAAGGUAAAGGAUACAUAGUAAAGUGUGCUAGUGUCGACUUAAGAAGGAGACUCUAAACGCUGACUAAGCCGGAACAAAUCACCUUAAAAAAUCAAGUUCCGCCUACACCUAAAGCCCUAGAUUUGGAGGGACGGGAUUUUCCGACGGAUCGUUGUUUUUAUUUCCGUGUUUCUCCGUACAUUUAUCUCACUCAUGUAAAGCAGGCUUUUAACGCCUUCCAUUCAACGGUCAGACAAGAUUAUAUCUUUCGUAUAAUGCAGCCUGAAUUAAUCUGAUCUCAAAUUUGCCAAAUC